AGUAAAGAUUACCAAGUACUGAGUACGGAGGGUAGUGAUCCCCAAGCAUGCAUGCGCGCUUCCGUAAUGCGCGCUCCCGUUCCGUCGGACUCCAGGAGGCUGUGUUUGGACUCCGAAAUUAUUUACCUAGAAAAUUAUGAACAACAAAUUUGACGCUUUGAAAGACGAUGACAGUGGAGACCACGACCAGGACCAAGGCCCACCGAAAGACUGUGAGAAGGAAAAAAUUGAAGACGAAGAAAAGGAACAGAACAUCUCUAAGAAAAAGAUGGUGGUUCCAGGUGCAGGCGAGCAUCCUCUGCAGUACAACUACACUUUCUGGUACUCCAGACGCACUCCAGGGAGACCAGCCAGCACACAAAGCUAUGAGCAGAAUAUCAAACAGAUUGGCAGCUUUGCCUCGGUGGAGCAGUUCUGGCGGUUUUACAGUCACAUGAUUCGACCCGGUGACCUAACAGGGCACAGUGACUUUCACCUUUUCAAAGAGGGAAUAAAACCUAUGUGGGAGGAUGAUGCCAACAAGAUGGGGGGCAAAUGGAUCAUACGUUUGAGGAAAGGUCUGGCAUCUCGAUGCUGGGAGAACCUCAUUCUAGCAAUGCUGGGUGAACAGUUUAUGGUUGGAGAAGAAAUCUGUGGUGCUGUAGUUUCAGUUCGGUUCCAGGAGGACAUUAUUUCUAUCUGGAACAAAACUGCUAGUGACCAAGCGACCACUGCCCGAAUUCGAGAUACCCUUCGUAGAGUUCUGAACCUUCCUCCCAACACUAUAAUGGAGUAUAAGACCCAUACAGACAGCAUUAAGUAUAGCAUGGGAAGACUUCCAUGGACUGGUGAAUGCUAGUGGCGGUCGAUAACAAUGGCGUGUACAUUUGCGAGGUUCUGGGGGAUUGCAAGCCCGAAGAAUAUUUCUGCAUGGACUGGCACUGCAUAAAGACUUGAGAAGGUUAGAACUGGAAGAAGACGAGUCUUUGUUGUAUCAAAACCAAAAAAAAAGUUCAGCAGAUGACAGACUGAACCAAGUCAACAAGAAACAUCUAAUAGCUGAGCAACUAAAGCAGCCUUAGUCUCCCAGCUUUUGUAAAGCAAGUUACACAUCUUUGAACUUGCCACCAGAGGGAGGCUAUGAGCUGGCUGUUAGCUGAGCUGUACAUGUGAUCGAAGUGCACUUGACAAAAUACAUCAGAACCAACAUGUUCAUCUACAUGCCAUUUAUUGUUUAACAUCACAUUUCAUGUCUAGACUUUAUCUGUUUUAUUGGGACUCAAGCAGGGUUGCAGCUACAUGCAAUUUUAUUAUGAUGAAAUUUAUUUACAAUAUAUUUGUUCAAAGAGGUAUUGCAAAUACUUGUGUAUUACCCACUGUAUUUGUAAAUGCAGUCCAUUCAAAGACUAUUGAAUUGACUUAAUAUUUUCUUUCCUGAAGUCGAUUCACAAGAGAGACUGAGCUGGCAGAAGUUCUCGUGUUUGCCUCAAAACCAGUUUCUCUUCAGCUGUUUUGUCUUUGCCAUGGUUUUAUGAAUAUGAAGAGAACUUUAACUGUUGUAUAUAAAUGGUCUGAAAAUGAUUUUUAUAUUUUGUAGAAAUUACUGAGAGACUACAUAACAUUUUAGUCAAGACACAUGUUUGAGAUUAAUGUCUAAAUUCAGCUGAAACAAUGCAGCCCAGCAAGUGAUAAGUGUUGUCAGAGUUUAAUAAAAAGACGAGAUUUAUACCAAGAAA